AUGUUUAGACUAAAUGGUAAGUUAGUAAAUUUGUUUUCAAUUAAAGAUCUUGUCGAUUUGAAAUCAUCGUGUCCUCCAGAAUUACAACAAACUGACGUCAGUGUUUUAGGUAAUGUUACAUUCAUUGAUGCAUGUAAACUUUAUGCGCGUAGAUCAGCAAGUGGUGCAACAUGUGAUUGUAAAAGUGAAUGCGCGACGAAGCAUUGCCCUUGUAAGAAAGCCGGAGUCUCGUGUUAUAUGCAUAAAGUUUAUCUUGGAAAAUUUAGGAAUUUUCAUUUUUAA